GUGUUUUAAAGUUAUUAAUCUUCAUCGAGUUUCUACAAAAUUGUUCAAUACUGCAAGACUAAAAGUCGAUCGUUUGUCUAAACUUGCACCUUGUCUCAUCAUGAAUCCCAAAAUAAAGGAAAUAGUCAAUGACAUCACAAAACCAGAUGAAGACAACAGGUUGUAUAGAGGUAUCCAGUUUAAGAAUGGAUUGAAAGUUCUUUUAAUCAGUGAUUCAACAACAGACAAGUCAUCAGCUGCCCUUGAUGUUAAUAUAGGUAAUAUGUCUGAUCCUGAUGAGUUGCCUGGCUUGGCUCAUUUUUGUGAACACAUGUUAUUCCUAGGAACCAAGAAGUAUCCUGAAGAAAAUAACUACAACAAGUUUCUAAGUGAACAUGGUGGAUCGAGCAAUGCAUACACCUCCAGUGAAAACACAAAUUACUACUUUGAUGUCUCUCCUGAUCACUUAACAGGGGCUCUCGAUAGAUUUGCUCAAUUUUUUGUCUGCCCUCUCUUUACUGAAUCAGCCACAAGCCGAGAACUAAAUGCUGUCAAUUCAGAAAAUGAUAAAAAUAUCCAAAAUGAUAGUUGGCGCAUGCACCAGCUGGAAAAGUCAACGUUCAAUCCCAAACAUCCAUACUCUAAAUUUGGAACCGGCAAUAAGGAGACAUUGGACAUCAUACCUCGUCAGCUGGGAUUGAAUGUGAGGGAGGAACUGUUGAAGUUUCAUGGCAAGUUCUAUUCAUCCAACAUCAUGGCUCUGGCUGUUUUAGGAAAAGAGAGUUUGGAUGAAUUGACAACUUUGGUCACCUCGUUAUUUUCUGAUGUGGAGAACAAAAAUGUGACAGUGCCUGAGUGGUUGGAUCACCCGUUUGGAGCUGAACAAGCACAAACGAAAUUGACAGUGGUUCCUAUAAUGGACGUCAGAAGCUUGAAUAUAACAUGGCCCACUCCGGACCUUCAUCCUUACUACAAAUCCAACCCUGGACAUUACCUGGGUCACCUGAUUGGUCACGAGGGGCCUGGAAGUCUGCUGUCCGAGCUCAAAAAGAGAGGAUGGGUGAACACGCUGGCAGCUGGAGAGGGCGAGGGUGGCAAGGGCUUCAUGUUCUUCAGUGUUCAGGUCGAUCUUACUGAGGAUGGCAUUGAACAUGUUGAAGAUAUCGUAUCAUUGGUCUUCCAGUAUCUGAAGAUGCUAAAGAAGGAAGGAGUUAAGGAGUGGAUAUUCAGCGAAUGCCAGAAACUCAGCGCAAUGUCUUUCAGAUUUAAAGACAAGACAAAACCAAGUGAUUACACAAGCAAAUGUGCAUCUAAGAUGCAGAUCUUUCCACUGAAGGAAGUUUUGUCGGGGGGAUAUUUUUACGACCUCUUCAAACCUGAACUCAUCGACAUGGUCCUCGACAAGCUCUCCCCAGAGCAUCUAAGGUUAUGCGUUGUUGGGAAGAAGUUUGCCGGAACUACGAACGUGAAGGAAAAGUGGUAUGGCACUGAUUAUUCGAUAACUAAAAUACCGAAGGAUGUGAUCGAUGGUUGGCGGAACAUAGAGUUGAAUGAACGUUUCCUUCUUCCAGAGGUCAACGACUUUAUACCAACGAACUUUGAACUUUUACCUAUUACCCCUAAAUCCAUCCUGCUGCCCAGCAUCAUACACGAAAGUAACAUAUCUCGAAUAUGGUACUGCCAAGAUAGCAAGUUCAAGUUACCCAAGGCUUGCUUCACUGUCCAGAUAUUCAGUUCCUCUUCUUAUUCGGAUCCCCUGUCAGCCAAUCUGACCUUCAUGUAUGGACAGAUGUUGAAAGACAUUCUCAAUGAAUACCUCUAUGCUGCUGAACUUUCUGGAGUCAAGUACGAUCUCAACUGCAAUGCGUAUGGUCUACAGAUUUCUAUCGGAGGUUACAAUGAUAAGCAGCAAAACUUGCUGAGGAAGAUUGUUGAAAAGGGCUUACAAUUCGAUGUUAACAAGCAGCGAUUUGAUAUUCUUCUUGAAAAUUACGUGAGGGCUCUGAAAAAUUUUCGAGCCGAGCAGCCGCACCAGCACGCCAUCUACUACACAAGCCUGCUCAUAUCAGAACAACAGUGGACCAAGGAGGAGUUGCUGGAAGCUACUGAAGAAACCAAGUUUGAAAAGCUGCUGAAUUUUGUGCCUCAACUUUUUGGACAAGUCUUCCUUGAAGCUUUUGUUUAUGGCAAUGUCUCAAUAGAAAAAGCCAAGGUUAUGGUGGAUCUAAUUGAGCAGGCCCUGAUUGACACCUACAAGACCCGCCCUCUUUUACCCAGCCAACAGAGACGAUUCAGAGAAGUUCAACUGCCAGAUGGUGGAUGCUACCGGUACUGCAGGGAGAACGACGUGCACAAGAGUUCGUCACUGGAGAUAUACUACCAGUGCUGUCCGCAGGAGACCCACAGCAACAUGCUGCUCGAACUCUUCUGCCAGAUCAUUUCGGAACCGUGCUACGACAUUCUCAGGACACAGGAACAACUCGGUUACAUCGUGUUCAGUGGAGUGAGAAGACUGCACGGAGUGCAGGGUCUUCGAAUCAUCGUCCAAUCUGAUCGCUCACCUGCUUAUGUGGAGCAAAGGAUCGAACUGUUCAUGUUGAAGAUGAAGAAAUACAUUGAAGAAAUGACAGAGGAUAUCUUUCAGAAGCAUGUUAAUGCCGUGGCCACCAAACGUUUAGAAAAGCCCAAAAGGUUGGCUGCUCAAAACCAUCGAUAUUGGUCUGAAAUUUCAAAUCAGUUCUAUAACUUUCAAAGAGAUGAGGUCGAAGUAAGUCAUCUGAAGACCCUGACAAAGAAAGACAUCAUCAACUUCUAUGAGGAAAUGUUUGCCAGCGACGCUCCGAAGCGUCACAAGUUGUCAGUUCACGUCGUAUCAACGGCAUCUCCUUCCCUUUCUCCAACUGUGGACGCCAACGUUGAUUCAAGUCCUACAAAAUCGCCACUGUCGACCAAUGUUAUCACCAACGGUGACGAAACAGAUUCUAACAUCGAUAUUAAGUUCCAGCCGAUCGAAGAUGUGCAGUCAUUCAAAAGAAAUCUUGGACUCUUCCCGUUGCCUGUAUCCAACCUUACGAUGUACAAGUCCAAGCUCUGACCAUGCAGUCCAGUCAUAUCCAACGUGAAUGCUGCCGCUGCCCUGGCACCAGGAUGCAUUUAAAUAAAUAUAUGCAUGUACGAUUGAACUCCUUAGCACAUACGUAUCAGUAUCUAGGUUAUUGUAUUAGAUUUUAUCGGUUGUAAUUUUAUGUAUUCAAAUCAGUUGAACAAAAUAUAAUUUCUCAUUUUGUGGUCAAUCUAUUUAUAAAUUUUUUUAUUGGAAUAUACGAGAUUGGGGUGAAGCUGUCGAAGUAAUUUGACAGACAUGUUUUUAAUCAGGAAUAAUCACAUUUGUCCACAAUAUGUAGCAACUGAUUUUAAAUAUUCACAUCGGCUGUUUAACAAUUUUUGUUGUGGUCAUGACAAUCUUUUUAUUCCAAUGAGACUAUAUAACAUACUAGGUUGGUUACGAAUGUGUUAUAUUUAUUAACACACAUGAUUUUAUUUUGUGAAAAGGUUUAGUACAAUAAAAAUGCAUUAAAAUAA